CCUCCCAGACAAUUAAUCUCUCUUGCACAACUCCCUGAUUCUGCACGGCCUACAGGACCUCUUGGUUUUAUUUCCUCCAUUGCUCAGCUACAAGCUUGCCUCCAGAGCAGAACUUCUGAAGAGCCAUUUCCUCCCACACAUCUCCCUGAAAGCAGCUCUCCCCAGGACGAGGCGGUCACCUGCAGCAUGGUGGGAGUGCCGACGAUGAGGACGUGGGUUGAGCCGGUGGUCGCAGGUUCGCAAGUUGCCAGUGCCUUCUGCGACACGGCACUGCUGCUGGUGGUGAAGGACUACUACAAUCAGACCAACGUCACUGCUCCCUCCCACGUACUGGAAGAUGCUCAGCAGAAGGCUGUCUCUAAUUUUUAUAUUAUCUACAACCUAGUCCUGGGCCUGAGCCCACUGGUGUCAGCCUACGGUCUGUCCAAGUUGGGGGACAGGAUGCAUCGGAAGAUCCCCAUCUGCUUCCCUCUUCUUGGCUACUUGGGCUCCAAAACUCUCCUGCUCCUCUUGAUCCUGUUGGGCUGGCCGAUUGAGGUGAUGUAUGGGGCUGCUGCUUUCAGUGGGCUGACGGGCGGUUUCACCACACUCUGGGCAGGCAUCAUGGCUCUUGGAUCCCUGGGGUCAUCUGAGAGCAGGAGAUCUCUGCGGCUCAUCAUUAUCGAGCUGGUGUAUGGCCUUGCUGGCUUUCUGGGAAGCAUGGCCUCUGGCUAUCUCUUCAUUGGCUUUGGUGAUCACUAUCGAGAGGGCACUGUGCUGGUGGUCUGCAGCAUCUCUUGCUAUGCUUUCUGCCUCCUUUACAGUGUUUUUGUCCUGAUAGUCCCCACACCAGUAGCUCCCUGCCCAGACAAAGCCAAGAGUGCAGAGGAGGUGGGCAGCCAACUGCCAGUCCACACAAAAGAAGCAACAAGGGGAAGUUCCCAACCUUCAGAAAGCAGCAGCUCCUCUCCAGUAUCCCCCUCAAAACUCAUCAUCAUCAUGUUGUUUGUGGCAGCAAUCAUCUAUGACCUUGCUGUGGUUGGUGCAAUGAACAUACUCCCACUCUUCUUGCUCAGGGAGCCUUUAAGCUGGGAUGCUGUGGAGAUUGGCUACAGCAAUGCUGCUGGAUAUGCAAUCUUCAUCACCAGCUUCCUAGGGGUAUUUGUGUUCUCUAAAUACCUGAGGGAUAUUACCAUGAUCAUGAUUGGAGUGGCAUCCUUCAGCGCUGGCAUCCUCAUUAUGGCCUUCGUGCGACAGACAUUCCUCUUCUACCUUGCACGGGCAGUGAUGCUCUUUGCCCUCAUUCCCUUACCAAUCAUCAGGUCCAUGUUAUCCAAGCAUGUUGAAGGAUCAUCCUACGGUAAGUUGUUUGUCCUGCUGGAGCUGUCUUUAGUCGCCACAGGAGUGGUGACAUCUACAGUCUACAACAAGAUCUAUCAAAACACACUGAACUGGUACAGCGGCUUCUGUUUUGUUUUGUCCUUUCUAGUUGGCUGCCUGAGUCUUCUUCCUUUAAGCAUUGUGGCCAUCAGACAAUGUUCAACCACUGGCUCAUUUCAGAUUCUGAUCAAGUGACAGAGACUGUACCACCUAAAGCAUCUUUUGCUCUUUAUCAACUUCCCAAACUAUGAAAGUGGAAGGUUUGGUAAGCAUUACUCCUCACCAUUAGAGAAAGCAUCUCAUUUGUGAUCCAUCAACCACUGAGCUCAUCCAUGACAAAGAAGU